AUGUCGUGGCAAUGCACGGCAUGCAAGCAAUGGGCAAAGGCCACGGCGGCCUUUUGCCCACAAUGUGGUACGGCGAGGUACAACUACGCUGGCACAGGUUCAGGGGCCCCAUGGUCGGCCGAGCCGGACUAUGGGGAGGACGAUGCCAGUUGGUGGACGCGGCGAAGACCGAAGUCCCCCAGAUCAAGGCCCUCGCAGUCACCGCGACCACGAGGCAAAGGCGGUCAGCCCCCGGGCAAGCAAAAGGGCAAGCCCAAGGGUGGGCGCGGCCCCAAGGAGAAGCCCCCGAGGAGCGAGCAACCGAAGCCACCCAAGCUGGAGGCUUUGCCUGUGGCCCCGGAAGCCACGCCACCACGACCUACGGGUGGUGCUGCGCCUAGCUCGAGUUCCAGCGGCCAAGAUCCUCUUCUACGAGCCCUACUGGCGCAUGUCGCUUCGCAGGACAAUGUGCCAGAGGAGCUGGCCAGCCUGGUCCGGCAGCAUUCAGAGGACUCACAUCGUGUGCAGAGCAGACAGAUGCACAAGAUGGUUGCCAGGCAGCAGGAGGCCAAACGGUCUCUUGUCAAGGUGCGCCUCGAGAGGCAGGCGUACGAGACUGCGUGGGGCCAGUACUUGGGGCAGAUUGCCCAAUUGCUGGAGACGCAGCUGGCAGAGAGAACCAAGGCGCUGGCGAGCUACGACGCCUCGGAGGAGACGUGGAAGACGCAGCUCGACGAGGCCUCGGUGGAGCUGGCAAAACAAGCUUCGCAGACUGCGGACAAGGCUCUGGCUAUGGAAGUACAGGAGAUUUCCGAAGACGAGAUGGAUGCCAGGGAACAGCAGGUGGACGAAGCGAUUGCGGAGGAGGCAAAGGCGGCGCAGGCCCGCCAACAGCGGGAACAAGCCGAUCUCAAGGCGGCCGAGCUCCUCACCGCGAUGCAGCAGAUGCGGCAAAGCCUCCCCGAAAAGGCGCGGGAAGGCUCGCGCACACCACGGCGCUCUGGCUCGAAGGAUCGCGAAACCGAGUCUGGCAAGGUGGAGACUGCUGGCGAACCAAAGGCUGUGCCCCCUGGUUUCCCGGGCUGCGGCCUGGAAGGGGUGACUGUGGAAAGUCACUCGAUUUGUUUUGAGGAUGACUAUGUGGAUGUUUGGCGAGCCGGCUUCCUGGCCUUGCAGCUGCACCACGAGUUGAUCUUCGAAGACCUCGGCCACCUUCUCACUUGGGAUGUUGAUCCGAGGCUACAGACGGCCCCCUGCUGGGGAGCCGAAGCAGUGAGCGACUCUGUACAGUGGGAUGUUUUCCUCCCGGUAGGCCCUGAUUCUGACGGCUGUGGGCGACAGUUGGACUGCAGUGCCACCCGGAGGAUUGAGUCUUCGGGGAUGGGGAUCGACGUGCGCAUGGGUUCGAAGCCGUCGCUUUCCCCACCUAUCGAAGAUUCGUCUUUUGGAGAUGGUCCUGGGGUCCCUGUCGACAGGGCAGCCGCAGGAUCUUUAGGGCGAUGCAAGAGUAGGCUGACAGCUGCCACCGAUGCAAUUUCGUCCCCUCUGUCGCAGCUUGUGCCGCCCGAAGCGAGCACAGCCAGGUGUCCAGGUCCGAGCAUCCUUCACACCACUCCCCACCCUCUCCCACUGCGAGUGUGUUUCUCCACUGGCUCAUGCGCCCAGUCGAAUGCCUGGAAGCGAGACCUCGGGCGGAUCUGUCGUUGUCCAACACCUCCCUCCGACACGGACUGCGCUGUUGGCCUCCGCCACGCGCUGUUCUCACCGGAGGCCCCUGCCGAGAGUGUGCCGACCACAGACGGACCACCCGAUGCAAGCAUUGGUCCCGCGCAGUAUGUGCUCUUCGAUACCGAGGGGUUGCUGCAACACAAAGAGAUGCGGAUGUGGGAGCAGAGGCCAGGUAUGUUGCAGGCAGAGGUACAGCAGCUCUACCGGGAAACCUGUCCCGCCGCCUUCCUCCCUGCACUACCUUUCAGAGUCGUUAAGCCUGACGGCACUGCCUUUGAGGCUGUACCGGGCCAGCUCAGCGAGCUUGACCAUUUCCGGGCUACAGUCAAUGGUGAAUUUGUGCCAGACCGAGCGCUGGCUGCACAGGCCCAGGCCAGGCAGGCGAUUCUUGACACAUCCACAACUACCACUGAGAUGCACGUGCCCGGCCUGCUCGGACGCGAAGGUAGCCUGCAGACUAGGCUCGCCGCCUUCCCGCACUCUCUCAGCCAAGUGCGGCUCAUACCCGAGAGCCUUUGCGCACACCUAGGGGCGAGACUGCCCGUCGGGCAUCUUCGCCUCUUCCCACAUGCCUGCACUGACUGCAGAGCGCAAACUGCGCCUUUCCACAUGCUUGUGCGUGGCUUCCCGCCAGUGAAACUUGAGGGUGCCCCCGGUUUCUCCCUUGUUGAGUACUGUGGACUCGCUGCCAGCCAACUAGAUGAGGAGGUCAGAACUGUGCAGGUUAUCACCACGAGUCUGCCCGGGCUGCUUGAACCUCAAAUAGUUGUCACGGCGCAAGCUGAUGAUGUCAGUGGGUUUCUUCUCCCCGUUGAUCUGCGAUGCCUCCCAGCUGGAGAGGUGAUCCCUGUUAUGCUACGGCCAGGCAUGACCCACGACGAGCUCCUCGAAGCUGUCUUUCUUGAGGUUCCUGAGGCGCGCCAGGUUUUGCAGGAGCUCGCCGCUCCAGAGGCCAUCCACUUCCAAGAUGCCCAGGGCCAGAUCUACGAACAUCUCCCUGAGUGUCUCGCCUCCCUGCAGUGGCUGGUGUUGAGGCUGACGGCCAAUCCCUUUGGGUUCCAGGCCCGGCCAGCUGACCCAAUAGCUCCGCCGCUAACCCCGACAUCCACGACCACUACGCAAGCACUCGCGCGAAACAGAGCUGGGCAGACAGUAAGCUUCAUCCUUGUUGCUCCGGCCAGGACCAUCAGGCUUCCUCCUGUGCGGCUCCAAGAAGCAGAUCCCACUGGGGCAGUCAUUGAGCUUGUACAAGCUGCUGCAAGCAUGGGAUUGCUCGGGCAACCUUUCCAGCUUCAACUGCCCCCUGCUUUGCCAUGGACAACCAGCCAUCAGCACUUUGUGAUUCCCUUGCUCCUGACACACCCGGGUCAGGCUCCGACGGUCUUGUACGACCCGGGGCUGGACGGCACGCAAAUUCACAGCAUUACAGUCGGAGAAGGAGCACUUGGCGAAGAGCUGUUGACUGGACCCUUGAGACGCCAAGGUGCCUCAAUUUAUGUCAAUGGAAUCCAUGUCAAUGGGAUGCGUCGAGCCUUGCAGACUGGGGAUCUUGUGCAACAGCUGGGGCCCCAGAGAUAUAUUGGCACUGUGCGUAAUGUUGGCCCACUUCUGGCCCACAUUAGCCGUCUUCGUUGCCUGUCCUUCCCCCUCGCCCUUCCGCCAUUUGGCCUCUUCGAGGGCCCAAAUGGGCCAUGUGUCGCCCCACUGCAAGGGGUUGCAAGCAUGCAAGAGCUCGUCAUCAAUGCCUUCGAGCGGCGGCUGGACAGGCUCGGGCGGCCGGGCGCUGGCAAAAAAAGCGUUUGGGUGCUGCAGCCUGCCCGUGCACCGCAUAUCCUGUGGCUCGACAUUGCCACCACGCCAACCGUGCAACAGGCAACACCGUUGCUCCAGGCCACGGGCUUGUUUCCAGAUGACACCACAGUCGUCGAAGCAGACUACGAGGCCAACACGCUUGUCAUGGACUCGUUUCUUGCCCUGCCAACUGCGGCACCCUAUGUUACUUGCACUCUGGCGGAUCCCUUCGCGCCGACACACUUGCUCCUUCUGCACCCGACACCAGGAGCCGAGCCCCCUUUCAGCUCGCUGCCACUUACACCGCUCAUGCGUUUUCUCCCUGUCGGGGCGGCAUCCACUGGCAUGCACUUGCUGACCGUUCGUGGACCGGUGAUCAGCCCCAGUCUUGCUGGCGAAAGUACCGCUCCCGCAGCGGUUCCUGCCGUGCAUGACGAGCCGCCUGCCGCCGAAGCUGAAGAGGAAGCGCAAAGCCUGAGUCUCCUGCAGCACCAAGUUGUCAUCCGGCGCGGAGUGCCCCCCCCCAACUGGCGCUGCCGCUCUUACUGCACCUGCUUCGUCCCCACUUUGCUCCGCGACCGACUUCGUCCCCGGCUGCAACUCCCUGGAUCCCCAGGGCUUCUCAGGGCUGCGGGCGGUACGAAGCGCACACAUGGCGCGAUCAGCCUCGACGAUGCUCUCUCUGCUCACCCUCCACGUGAGGACAAGCAUAGCGGCCCCACUCCCAAGGGUGCGAGCCCAUCCAUGCACUGCUUGGACAGCCUACGCGCCCUUCUGCCUGCCUUGGACGACUGGGCCGCCUGCUGGACCACGGCUCCACCCUUCCGGGUCUGUGGUGCCGCAAAGGCUGCUCUAUCUGGUCGACAUGCUGCUGGGGCCUGGCCCAUCUCCGAGAUCCAGCUCUUCACAGACGGAUCCUUCAUGAAACCUGGACACUUCGGAUGGGCUGUCACUGUCUUUGAGAAGUGCCAUGAUGGGUAUGGAGAGUGGUUGAAUUUUCUAGGUUACUUCAGUGGUUCUCUUCAGCCCUGGGCUGCUAAGGGACUCUGUGGGACCGAUGAUAACAUAGAUGCCGAAGCGGUUGUCACUGGCCUAGCCGAUUGUCAGCGACAGGGCAACACUGCGCAAUUGCUCUGCCGCACGAGGCACCUCUUCCAGGCCCUCCAGAGGCGCCCCCGCCCUGUAUGUGCUGCCUGGGUACCGAGCCAUGUGGGCCUCCCGCCCAAUGAGCUCACGGAUAUCAUAGCCAAGUUUGCAUGCCAAGAAACGGCCAAGCCGCUCCCCGCGAAGGUCUUCAGGUUGCUGUUGGAUCCGACCCUAGGAUGGCUGUGGCAUUUCUUAUGGCCGGCGCCCUCCUUGCCCCCGCUUGCCGCGCUCGUUGAGGGCAGCUAUGAGCCACCCGACGCAGUGCCGCUGUCAUGUGUGCCGAGCGCCCUCCCGGUACACGGUCGAAAAGAAGGGGGCUCCAAGCUGCUGCAUCUGUGUUCUUACAACGUGCAGUCGAUGCGCGGUAAAAAGGACAUCCUGCGGGAACUGUUUGCGGCAAAGCAACAGCACAUCAUCUUCUUCCAAGAGACGCGUGCUACCGAUGGUUGCUGCAAUGCGCAAGACUACUACGAGGUGCGCGGGCCAGCGCACAAGGGUAAUUUAGGGUGCGCUAUCUGGGUUGCGAGGUCCUCUCCCUUGGGCGCAAUAGACAAGCGGCAUGUCAAGGUGCUCCAUGCGGAGCCCCGUCUCCUUAUUGCAAGGCUCAACGCACCCCGGCUAAGCUGUUACCUGGUAAGCGCCCAUGCGCCGCACUCCGGAUGCACCUCCGAGGAAAUCCGGACGUGGUGGGAGGCCACUGGGCUCAAAGUUGGCGCUCGUUGCACUGGCCGUAUCCCUGUCUUCUAUGGCUGUGAUGCCAACGCGCAGCUGGGACAGGUCACUGGGCCAGGCAUAGGGGCGCAUGCUGCCGAUGUGGAGACUUUCGGGGGAGAGAUGCUCCGCUACCACUGCGCGACACAUGCUCUCUGUGCACCCUCCACCUUCGCUGGAGCACGAGGGCUCAUGGAGCAUGCGGACCCAUCUGCCUACACCUGGGUGUCGCCGUCCGGGGGCAAGUACCGCUUGGACUACCUUCUGCUUCCCCAGAGCCUACUACCGGCUGUGAGAUCAUGCCAGGUCUUCCAUGGCUUCGACGACGGCGGGCCCGAUGAUCAUUUCCCAGUCUCCGUGACUCUAGUGAUUGCCGGAUUACCAGAGGGUGCCCCCACUUUCGAGUACUCACGUAUUCGGCUGCGCGAGGUUCGCGAGGCACAAGUUCCGGUCCAUGAUGCUUGCCAGGCACUUGCUUCCCAUCCAUGGUCUGGAAAUGUGCACGAACAUGUCGCCUGUCUUGACCGGGCCAUCUGGACCUGUUGUAAAGAGGCCUCGGCUGCCCCCAGGCCACGCCGACCCUAUGUGCAUGAGGACAGCUGGGCCCUAAUCCGCCAGCGGAAGAGCCUGUUGGGCCAGAUCCACGACGAGAGCCACCGAGCCGCCAGAGCUCGUCUCCUCCUCGGCUUCCGAACCCUCUGUGUGCAAACAGGACACAGGAGCCGCAAUCGCCGCACCUUGCUGCGUAUCGCCUCCACUCUGUCUGCCUCGGUCGAGGCCAAGGCCCAGCUCAUCAGCCACAGGAAGGCCCUCCGCAAGGAACUCGUCAGAAGCCUUGCACAGGCUAAGGCAGCUUACAUUGAAGAGGUGGCACAGCGUUUUGUUCAUGCUUCCCGGAAGGCCGAUGUCCGAGCACUGUUUGAGGCCCUCCGCUUUUUCCGGCCUGCGGGCAAAGGAGUGUUUAAGGGUUUCGGGCCACUUGCUGUCCUGCAUGAUGCAGAAGGGGCGCCGGCUGCUACCCACAGCCAACAGCAGGAACUGCACCGCCGACACUUCGAAGGCCAAGAGGCAGGGCACGUCGUCGACAAGGACAGCCUUUGCGCACCUGUCGCGGAGAUUCCCUCGGGCGCCAGGUUCCGACUCCAAGACCUCCCAACGUUGCAUCAGGUUGAGGUCUGCAUCCGCCAGUCCAGAGACGGCAAAGCUCCCGGCCCGUCGGGGAUUCCGAUCUGUGUUUGGAAAGCCUGCCCGGAUGUGUCGGCAGCAGCCUUGCUGCCCAUCUUCCUCAAAUCACACGUGAGGUUGACCGAGCCCAUCCAAUAUCGCGGUGCCAAACUCUCUGCCCUAUUCAAAAAGGCAGGACUCGCGAUCCGGGCGGAAAGUUUUAGGAGCAUCGCUUUGAUGGAUCCCUCUGCGAAAAUCCAUCACAAGUUGAUGCGACCUGGACUUCUUGAGAAUAUCGAGAUGCUCCGGGCGCCGCUCCAGCAAGGAUGUUUGCCCAACAGCCUGCCCACGGCACUUACGCAUUUCCUUACCACCAAGAUGCGGACCGCCAGCUUGAAGGGACUGUCAUCGGCGGUUGUUUUUCUCGACCUCACAGCCGCUUAUUAUCGUCUUAUCAGGGAGGCGAUCGUCGAUACUGCUGUCAGCGACGACAAGCUGUGUUCGGUUUUGCAACGGCUCCAGAUUGCCCCGGAACAAGUCUGUGAGGUCGAGGCUUUUGUGCGUCAGGGUGGCCUUCUGCCAACGGCAUCCCCACACUUCAAACGAGCCCUCGCCAUGAUGUACCGGCACACCUUCUUUGUAAUGGACGGGCUGCAGGAUAUCACGGCUACCACUGUUGGCUCGAGGCCAGGCGAUGCCAUCUCGGAUACCAUGUUUGCCCUUGCCGCUACUAGCCUUCUAGCCGAGGUUGGGGACCAGCUCAGUGGAUGUGGGCUCCCCGGCUACAAUGUCCCCACAUGGGCCGACGAUCUGGCCCUGCCGAUCACAGCACCUGCACCACGGCUCACAGAGGCAAUCGAGCUCACAGGCCGAGUGCUACACCAGGCCUGCCUGAAGCGUGCUAUGCAGCCCAACUACGGGCAGGGCAAAACGGAGGCGCUGGUCUCCUUCACAGGCCCCGGCGCCAGGCUAGCCGCCAAGGACCUGUUCAGAACAGGCGCGGGCUGUGUAGAGUUGCAGGUCGUCCCUAAAGUGCCGUUGCGGUGUGUAUUUCAGUACAAGCAUCUCGGCACGACGCUUGCUGCCAAGGCGCGCCCUGCUAAAGACAUCCGUUGCAAGCUGGGAGCCGCAGGUGGCGCAGCCCACCCCCUCGCCAAGAAGGUCCUUCGGCGUAAAGAUGUACAGCAAGGCACACGGUCACAGCUGCUAGACACCCUCGCGUUCAGCCGUGCCGCCUAUGGUGUCGCAAUUUGGGGAGACUUGGAUGCCUCGACCCGCCUGCUCUGGCAGGGAGGAAUCGCUGCCCUCUACCGCGCUGCAACGCGGCCAACUAUCACCGAGCAUGGGCCCACCUUCCCAGCUCUUGCAGCUCUCUGCAAACAAGUCGGUCGGCCCCUGCCUCUGCACACCUGGAAUUUCCUCCUUCUGGAGCACCUGCGUGCGCUCGGUGCCUUACACCAGACCCAGGUUGUAGAUGCCCUACGUGAGGAGGCAGAGCUCACGGAGCACUCCUGGUGGUCUGCUGCCGACAAGGCUGUGCAAUGGUUUGAUGAGUUGUGCUCCGGCACACCGAGAUAUCAAGCCUAUGCUACGGCAGAGGCCUUCCUUAACGAGUCCGUGUGCAGCCCGCACAAGGUUGGAGGCCAGAUUCGCCGUGCCAAACGCAGGGCUGUCGGCUUGUGCGACUCCACUGCUGACACCAUUGUAGCCGAAGAUUUGCGGCUCAAGCCCUUUCAAUGCGAAGAUUGUGAGGAGCGUUUCGCCACGUUACAGCAGGUAAGGGCACACAGCUGGAGCAAGCACGGCCACCAAACUGUUCUUGCCCAGCUGACACCGGAGCACACGUGCCCGGCCUGCCUACACCGAUUCUGGCACAGGUCGCGUCUUCUGAGGCACGUCCACCACGACAAGCCCUCUUGUGGACAUUUUGUCCUUGCAGCACAGCUCGCACAGUGCGCUCCUGAUGCCCCUGCUCCCGCCACAUCUCCUCUGCCAGCCACGCUUUCCCUACCUGCUGCUAGGGUGCCCGGACCACUGCCAAGGCCUGUCCCCGAUCAGGUUUCCGGUGAGCAGCUUGCUAAGUUUUACACGCUGGGUUUGCUUGGUACAGAGCAAUGUGAUGUGGAGUUUUCUACCGCCGACGUGCCCUCUCUGAGUGGCAGCUGGCGAGUGCUAGCACUCGUGAUGCUGUUCUUGCAGCGCUCACAGAAGUGCAAGCCGGUGUUUUCGAGGCCCUUCUCCGAGAAGCGGGACUCGGUUAAGGCGUCUUGCGGAUUGCAUUUGAGUGUAUAG